AUGAAUGAAGAGCCAACUCCAUCAUUCGAGGGGGAGAAUGAAAAUACGAAUGAUGAUUUGGAUGAUCAAUCUGAAUUUGAAGAAAUAAAUGUCGAAUUGGAUCCAUAUUAUGAUCCAAACUAUCCUCAUCUAACCAAAUGGACUGGGGAUCAUCCCAGAACACAAGAGGCUUAUAUGAAGACCUUACUUGCGAAGUUUGUUAUGGUGGGAGAUUUGAAGGUGAAGGUUCCAAUGGGAUUCAGAACUAAGCUAACACCAUCUUUGGACAAACCAGCUGCAAAUAUGACACUCUAUCGUCAAAUGAUUGGGUCAUUGAUGUAUUUAACAGCUAGUCGUCUAGAAAUUAUGAUAUCUAUUUGCUAUUGUGCUAGGUUUCAAGCCAACCCUCAUGAACACAACAUGACCGUUGUGAAGAACAUCUUCAGGUAUCUAAAACGAACAUCCUCUCUUGGAAUUUGGUACCCAUCUAGUUCAGGGUUCUUUGUACAAGAAUUCUGUAAUGUUGAUCUCGGAGGUUGCGAUCUUGAUCGCAAAAGUACAACUGGAUAG